AUGACUCAAGGAAUCAUCUCCCCCAUCCCGGUCAGCGACGAAUACUAUGACCUUGGCUCGUUCGGCCACACCAUCACCACUACCAGCGCCGAUGCCCAGACCUGGUUCAAUCGGGGUCUGAUAUGGGUGUACUCAUUCAAUCAUGUCGAAGGCUCCUAUUGCUUCGAACAAGCCAUCGCGCAUGACCCUGCAUGUGCGAUGGCGUAUUGGGGUCUCGCCUACUCGGUUGGCCCGAAUUACAACAAGCCGUGGGAGAAGUUUGAUCUGGGCGACCUGCACACAUCCGUGCGGCGAGGCCACGACGCAGCUCGAUCUGCGAAGAAGCAUGCCGUGAAUGCAACUCCACUGGAACAGGCUCUGAUUGGCGCCAUUCAAUUCCGUUUCCCGACCAAUGAGCCUGCUAAGGACUACCCGGCCCUCAAUAAGGGCUAUGCCGAGGCGAUGAGGCCAGUGUACGAGGCUUUCAAGGAAGAUAUAGACGUUUCCACUCUCUACGCCGAUGCGUUGAUGAAUAUGACCCCAUGGGCCUUGUGGGAUCUCUUCACUGGCAAACCCAACCCGAAAGCCCCAACCUUGGAGGUGAAAGCCGUGUUGGAACGGGCGCUUGCGCAGGAGUCUGAUGGAGCUCAUCUCAACCCUGGUUUACUUCACUUAUACAUCCAUUUCAUAGAAAUGUCACCUACACCGGAGCUGGGUAUCAACGCUGCCGAUCAUCUACGUGAUCUCGUUCCUGACGCUGGUCAUAUUCACCACAUGCCAACACACUUGGACAUUUUGAUUGGCGACUGGCGCCGCUCAAUUUCGUCAAACUACAAGUCAACCCUUGCAGAUGAUAAAUAUUUUCGGAAGUCAGGUGCCAAGAAUUUCUAUACUUUCUACCGGCUACACGACUAUCACUCCUUGGUCUACGCUGCCAUGUUUGCUGGUAAAAAGAAGACUGCCCUGGAAGCCGUCACUCGCAUGGAAUUAACAGUCCCCGAUGAAGUUCUUCGUAUCCAAUCCCCGCCUAUGGCUGAUUGGUUGGAACAAUUCAUGUCUAUUCGUUUACACGUGAUGGUGCGCUUCGGCUUGUGGGAAGAGCUCAAAUGCAUGGAGCUUCCCCAUGAUCUAGCUCUAUUCGCUGGUACCACCGCCGUCACACACUAUGCUCGUGGCAUUGCUUUUGCCGCUACAGGAGACGUGGGUACAGCCCGAGAGGAACAGGGGUUGUUUAAUGCAGCGUGGGCUCGAGUCCCCGAGACUCGUCGCGCCUACAACGGCAAGAUGAUUGACGUCCUCAAGGUGGCCUCGGCUAUGCUGAAAGGUGAAAUCGAAUACCGCUGCGCCAACUACGACAAGGCAUUCUCGUCUCUCCGAGAGGCGAUCGAGCUUGAAGACAAGUUACCAUACAGCGAGCCUUGGUCAUGGAUGCAACCUGUCCGCCACGCGUAUGCCGCCCUACUUAUGGAACAGGGCCAUCUGGAAGAAGCGGCUCAGACAUAUCGAGCUGACCUCGGUCUUGACCAUUCUAUCAUUCGCCCGCGUCGACACCCUAACAACGUCUGGUCACUACAAGGAUACCAUGAGUGUCUCGUUCGGCUCGGUCGGCCCGAAGAAGCGGCUGUCAUCGAGCAGCCUCUAAAGUUGGCCCUGGCUGUGGCAGAUGUUCCAGUCAAUUCAUCCUGCUUCUGCCGCCUGGAUACUUCACAGGCGCCACAAGUCCUCAAUGGAUGCUCGUCCAAUGAAAAGGCUGCAAGUGGAAAGUGCUGCUAA